GUUGUUGGUCGUUAAGGACCCAAUUAGUCGCGAAUCAUUACGCAGGUAAAGUAAAGUGAAAGUAAAGAAAUAAUAAUGGCUAAUGUGUCAAGACAACCGAUUUGUUCGCUUCAACCGCAAAUGCAAAAUACUGUAAUAGUCGGAGUGAUUAUACGAAGUCAGAAUUCUAAAGUUACGAAAUUCUCAGAUAACAAUGGAUCGCGAGCCGUUUGGAAUUUCACCCUCAGAGACUCGGUGAACGACUUUAUUAACGCCACGGUAUGGGGUGCGGUAGAUUUCAUCAAUAAAUUGUUCACCACUUACGGCAUCGGAAGCGUGGUGGAAGUGAUAAAUGCGAAAAUCACCGAUCGCAAGCCCGACGAUCCGAACGAGGUGUACGUGCCAUCGGUGACCAGUCAAUUCACCCUGACGCUGAACCAGAGCUCCUCGCUGAUGCAGCUGCACUCGAGCCCGGCGACGCCUCGCUAUGCCAGUCUCGUCAGGGUGCCGACGAAGAAUCCGGCCGGAGCCCUGAAUCUCGCCUACGUGCUGGAGAACGCGGAAUCGUUGAAGAACCAGUACGUCGACGUGAUCGUCGUGGUGACGUUCGUGAGCCAGACUCGCGAGAUCGUCACUCGGCUGGGCGAGCUGUCGAAGAUACGCGAGUUCGAGGUGAGCGACCCGUCGACCAAUCACUCGCUGCCCCUGACCCUGUGGGAUCUCGAGUGGAUCAAGCUGGCGGACAAAUGGGAGCCGAAGCACACGGUGCUGUUUUUGGCCGACGCCCAGGUGACUUACAGCGAUAAGGUGCGAAAGUCGACUUUGACGAUAGUGAGAAAAACCGUUAUCACGGAGAAUCCUGAUAUUUCUGAAACGAAACAGAUGAGAGAUGUAUUUCUGACUAAACCUGAUAUCGGAUCGACGUCUCCUUACGCCGUUCCAAAUCCUAAUUCCAUAACGAAGCAAAUGACGAUUCGUGAAAUAACUAACAGAUUGAACCUUGCUGCAUCGAUUGCUAGCGACGAAAGAUUACAACUGUUGGUUGUUGUGACUGCCAUGGUCGACGAUAUGAACUUGGAUAGUAAUGAUUUAACGCUUCUGAGUGCAAGAUGUGCCAAGUGUAAAAGAAUGGUGGCAAGUGGUAAUGAAUCGUGCAUGAAUCUGGAAUGCCCGUUUGGAAAUGGCUUGAAGGCCCCGAUGAACGUUGUUAGUUUGAAUAUUUUGAUUACUUUGAAGGAUGACACUGGAUACUUGGUGGGUUGUCGUUUACGAGACACGGCCGCUGAACAAGUAAUUGGCUGCACCGCUGAAGCUAUUGGGGGUAUGACGAGAGAACAGCGUAUCAAGUUGAAGGAGAAAUACUAUAAAAAAUUAUGCAUUGUUCGGAUGCAAAUUAUUGGUCCUUCCGCAAAUAUACAAAAAUCGAUUUAUAAUAUCCUGGCCCUGAAUAGGUUGCGAGACGAUCUCAGGAGCCAAAUGAAUAUACAUAGGAAGAAAAAUCGUCAAAAUGUUAUUAAUAGAAAACGACCCUACUUAGGAGAAGUGAUUCAAAAUACAGUAUUUUCCGAGCAAGAUGUUAGCAGAAUGGCUCUAAAUUUGCGAAAAAAGCCGCUUGAUGGAAACGAGUAUAGAGAUUUACAAAAUGCCUUGAUUCAGAGCGAGAAUAACAUAAAUUCAUACUUUUCCGUUGGACAAAGUUAUGAAGGAUUGGUGAGAGAUUUGUCUGGAAGAAAUGGCACGCACAAGCUCUUUGCUGCUAAUUGUUUAUGUAAUUUGUCUUUAGGUAAUUCAAAAGCGUGUUUUACUCUUUCCAAAUUUUCAGCCCCUUACUUAAUUCUUGAGCUAGCAAGUAGUAACAUAAAAAUAGCCGAAACAUGUGCUUGGACCAUUGGCAAUAUUGUGAGUCAAAGUGAUAAGGCAUUGGCAAUUUUUAAAAAACAAAAUUGCUUACAAACUUUAAUAAAAAUUUUGGAUGAAUGCCAAAGUGAACUGUUGCCUGCUUUGCAUUAUGCAAUUUUACGAUACGUUCAUGCAGAUUUCAACAAUAUUAGUGAAGAAGAUUUGAGAAAAAUUGCUGAUCAUGUUGCCAAAAAAUAUAGUGAAGACUCAGAAAUUGAUACAAUUUGGUUAAUUGCUAUUUUAUCAUCAUAUUCAGCAUGUCAUGAACCUUUAAAAUACUGUAUUAGUCAAAUUUUUUCCAAACUUUAUUCUUUAUCACAGUCAAAAGAUGUACAUUUAAGCGAGGUAUCAGCAUAUUUACGAACGUUAGCUAAUGUCAUCUGUGAAACUACAGGAAAGGUAGCUCACCUAGUAUUUGGGAGUUGUGAAUCUGAACAUGAGAAGAAUCAAUUGCUUUUUGAAGCAUUGCUAAAAUAUCCUUAUGAUUGUGUGAGACAAGAAACAAUUUGGUUACUUGGUAAUCUCUUUAACCAUCCAGUGGAUACCGUUAAGCAAAUUGUAUCCUUAAAUGCUUUAUCUUUAACUUCUUUAACAUUAGCUAAAAAUGCAUGCAGCGAUGUAGCAUAAAUAAUUAUAGUAAUUUUUAAAAUAUAACAAGUAACAAAGGAAUUAAAAAACUUUUUUCGGAGAUGAAAAUCUCAUUGAAUUCUUUUCACUAUUUGAAGGAUCUUUUUCGAUACACGUAGGCAUAAUAACG